GACAUUGAUUACGAUGGCUUUCGGCGUUUUCUAGAUGCUUUUCUUGACUGUGAAACACCCAUUGAAUUGGCGCAACAUUUAUUUGUAUCGUUUCUUAAGGCCAAUGUUAAUAAUGUACAACAGGGCAAGACGCUCAAUCAAAUGGCAGCCAUUAGUAGUACGGCUGCCUGUGCUCCGGUAACGGCUCAUACAAAAGGUUCUUUAGCGAAUAUAAAUAGUAUUGUGGAAAUUUCACCCAGUAGUGGUGCGGAAACCACAACAAAUGUUCGUAGCAGUUUUGUGGAUAAAUUACAUCAUGGCAUUACGGACAAACUACAUUCGUUAAGUGGUCAUUUAACACAUGAUGCCAGUAAAACAGGCUGUGUACAUCCAAUGGUUACUGUUACACCCAGUCCCAUGGCUGCAUUUCAAAAUCCCACAACAACGACUACAACAAAUGCAUCAAUAGCAAAUAACAACAAUGCAAACAGUCAAAAUGUUGGUGGCGGUGGUGGUGUUGGUGGCUCAACAUUUACCACAACAAAUGCUCGUUGCUCCACCGAUUCAAGUCCUUCACAUUCACAAACCAAUCAUUCCCAAAUGUCACGCAACUCAUCCAAAAAGAGUAACAAUUCGGUUAAUUGUAAAAUAGAUGCGGAUAUUAAAUUAUUAACACGCAAACUUUCACAUUUUGAUCCUUUAACAUUAAAAGUGUCCCUUAAGGAUGUGGUAUGUUAUUUAUCAUUGUUAGAAGCUGGACGGCCAGAAGACAAAUUGGAGUUCAUGUUCCGUUUGUAUGAUACGGAUGGCAAUGGUGUUUUGGAUACCGCUGAAAUGGAUGCUAUUGUUAAUCAAAUGAUGGCUGUUGCUGAAUAUUUGGGUUGGGAUGUUAGUGAAUUAAGACCGAUACUUCAAGAUAUGAUGGUAGAAAUUGACUAUGAUGCCGAUGGCACUGUUUCCUUAGAAGAAUGGCAACGUGGCGGCAUGACAACGAUACCUUUACUAGUACUAUUAGGUGUCGAUAGUACUGCUUUAAAGGAGGAUGGCAUACACGUCUGGCGUUUGAAACAUUUUAAAAAACCUGCAUAUUGUAAUCUUUGCCUAAAUAUGUUGGUGGGUUUGGGCAAAAAAGGUCUCUGCUGUGUAUUAUGCAAGUAUACAGUACAUGAGCGUUGCGUUCAACAUGCUCCAGCAUCUUGUAUAACAACAUAUGUCAAAUCGAAAAAGGUCAAGGGCGGCGGUGAUCUACUGCAUCAUUGGGUGGAAGGCAACUGUUAUGGUCGUUGUUCGAAAUGUCGUAAACGUAUUAAAGCGUAUCAUGGCAUUACAGGACUCACGUGUCGUUGGUGUCACAUGAUGCUUCACAAUCGUUGUGCCUCAUCGGUAAAGAAAGAAUGUACUUUGGGUGAAUUUGCCGAAUUAAUUGUGCCUCCAACAGCCAUCUGUCCGGCGGUAUUGGAUCGUCAGCGUUCAGUUAAUCAAGCAAAUAAGAAAUCGUCUACAUCCCAAACACAUCAUCAACAGGCUACACAUUUUCAAAUGACACCACCAAAUGAAAUCAGUUGCCCUCUAUUGGUGUUUGUUAAUCCCAAAAGUGGUGGUCGACAAGGUGAUCGUAUUUUACGUAAAUUCCAAUACAUGCUUAAUCCACGUCAGGUCUAUGAUUUAUCAAAAGGUGGUCCCAAAGAAG